AUGACCUUUCUUAUGGCUACCAUCAAACCCUUGCCAACUCUGGGGCAGCUCGAUGACAUCGCGCUACACAAGUUUGAGACUCCAUCGAAGAAGAUCAACGAUGGAGAUGACCUGGCCUUCUUCUUUACGUCGACUGCCUAUCGGGACAUUACACAAUGGCUAUUACAGCUCAACAGAGCAAUCUUUCCGAUUAAGCGAGCAGAUGGCAAGACCGAUGCUUGUGUUCUUGACAAACUCCCGGAACUCUCGUCAGCUGUCCUGAAGAUUCGACAGCUCCUGGCCGAUCUUUCAAAGCUGAUCGAGGAAGCGCCACCAGACACAGGACCACGAAGAUUUGGAAAUGUCGCCUUUCGGAAAUGGUAUGCACUGGCCGAGGAUUGUACAUCAGCACUUCUGGAUAACCACCUGGACUUUGUGCUACAUCGAGUGCACCACGACGAACAGCGACUUGGAGGGAAAGACGAGCUCCAAGCCUAUCUGCUGGGCAGCUUUGGAAGUGCGCAACGACUAGACAAUGGCACGGGGCAUGAGCUCAGCUUUCUUGCCUUUUUAGCAUGCCUAUGGAAGCUAGGCGUCUUCGAGGUUGGCGAGGAGCGCGCGAUUGUGGUAGGCAUCAUUCAGCCAUACCUCGAUCUUGUUCGUCGACUUAUCGUGACCUACACCUUGGAGCCAGCAGGAUCGCAUGGCGUCUGGGGCCUUGACGACCAUAGCUUCCUGCCUUAUAUUUUCGGUUCAGCACAGCUCGGACCCGCCAUCGCAGAGGAUGACCACACUUCACUCGCACCCACCGAAGGGUGCCUGCCAGGAGCUCCUUCGCCAUCCUCUGUGGCCGACAAGACCAUGGUAGUAGACUUCAAAGACUCGAACAUGUACUUUUCCGCCAUACAAUUCAUUCACGAUGUCAAGAAAGGACCAUUCUGGGAGCAUUCGCCUACACUUUACAACAUUAGUGGCAUCACGGCUGGCUGGGGCAAAAUCAACAAGGGCAUGCUCAAAAUGUACGCCGCAGAGGUCUUGGGCAAGUUCCCAGUGGUGCAGCAUUUUCCAUUUGGGAGUCUUUUCCAAUGGGAGAAGGACCCGCAAGCGACUGCAGCACCGUCAAGUGUACAUUCACAGCAGCAACCACUGCAAAGCAAGGAUGUACCACCAGCGGUGACAAAUACGCCUGGUACUACAGCUCCUUGGGCAAAAUCUGGCAGUGCUGCAAUGUCCCAAAUGCAAGCAAGCACCGGUAUGCCUUCGACUAGAGCUCCGUGGGCGUCAUCGAGUGGUGGUCCAGGGAGGCCAAUGCCGGCAUCGAACAUGGGCAUGCCGGCCACGGGUACGGCAGCGCCUUGGGCGAAUACCCAGCGAAUGCCUGCUCAAGGAAUGGCGCCAACAGCAGCUCCUUGGGCCAAGAAGAAUACGACGAGAUGA